ACCAGGAAGAAUUAAAAAAUAUUCAAAAUCAUAUUAAUUCGCUAAACCCACAAUCACAAAACAUUAAUGUCUACGAAAUUAUUGAUUCCUUGGGCCAGGAAGAAUUAAAAAAUAUUCAAAACUAUAUUAAUUCGCUAAACCCACAAUUACAAAACAUUAACAUCUAUGAAAUUAUUGAUUCCUUGGGCCAGGAAGAAUUAAAAAAUAUUCAAAACCAUAUUAAUUCGCUUAACUCACAAUCACAAAACAUCAACGUUUACGAAAUCAUUGAUUCCUUUGACCAGGAAGAUGGUCUUUUUAAGCAACAUUCAUCUGCUAAAGAUUUUCAAGAUAAAGUAAAAAAAUUAGAAACCGAAAACAACAAGUUUGAUUCUAUACCUCGAGUAUUAGAGAAUAAUUUAUUUAAAUGCCUUCCUCCUGGGUACCGUGCGUAUAAACUUUCUGAUCAAGUUUUGUUGUGGCUUGAAGAAUUACAGUGUAUAAUUGCUAACCCCUAUAUUAUUUUUGAUAAAGAAUUUGUUGAAGCCCAAUCAAAACUAUGUGAUCAGGAAUUUAGUAUUUUAAUUCACAACAUAAAAAUUGUAUAUUUAAAAAAAACUGGCUGA